GGUCAGUGCGCACCCGCGCUUUUGGGGGCAUUGUCACUCCCGUACAAGUUUAUGGCCGUAUCGGACGUGUUAUGCAAUUGUGCAGACUUAGUGCUUAUUAGUGAGCUGAGAAUUCUAAAUUCAUUGUAUGCGGUCCGUGAUUGGCUACUUGGUCACGUACUCACGUAAUGUAAUAUAUAUGUAAUUUAACUUCCGGUGGGCUUGUUAAACUAUAACUAACAAGGAUCGAGAUUAUAGGUACAUGUAUAUAAGUGGUCAUGUGGUCAUGUGGUCAAUGGGUCACGUGUCCACUCGGAUCAAUGUUCCCAAUGGCCGUAGUGGAAUAACUGUGUGCAGGUGUACGUGUAUACAUGUGUAUACAUGUGUAUACAGAUCGUAGUACAUGUUCCGGUUUCUUGUUUAGUUUACGAAGAUCACGAAUGAAACGACGUUAUGUAACUUAUACCGUAGAGAGUAACGACUAGUUCCUGCUUCUGGGGUCAGUAUCAACACGUAAGAGAACACACGUCGGCGUAAAGCAUCGUCAGACGUUCCAACAUGGCCUGUGUGGGCAGUAUUGUAGGGGACACGGCUCAGUUCCUCAGGGUUGUACAGAGCCACGCCCACCUCAGUGACCACCUUGCUUUUACCCUUGAGCUUGAUAACGUGGAGGUCGUGGCUGUAGGGGAUGGCAAUCUCAAUGACGUCGUCAGGGUCAAGGACAAGCAGGACAACAACUCCAGUGUAAUCAUCAAGUAUGCUCCUCCGUUUAUAAAGUGUUUGGGACCAGAGUACCCCCUGACAGUGGAGAGGGGCACAGUUGAGUACCAGGCACUGGUUAAGUUCAACACGGCAUCCCCUGGCUGCUGUCCAGAUACCUAUUUCUAUGACAUGGACGCAAGGCUAAUCUGUAUGGAAGAUCUAAGAUCGUACAAAGACUUACGACGGGAAAUGAUUAAAGGAGUGUGCAGUGACGAGGCGGUGAAGUGUAUUGCUAAACACAUUGCCGUCGUACACAGGGAGUACCACGUCGCCAAACUCAGCUGCAGUGACAUGACAGAUCUACUAAAACAGUUCGGGCCCACAGAACUAGUACAGCUGACUGAGCAAUUCGUGUUUACCAAACCCUUUACGAAGGAUGACCCCACAAACAAAUGCUCCACCGAGGUCAGCAGCCACGCCCAACUUGUCUACGACAACCAACAGGUUCUAACGAAUGCAGCAAAAAUGAAAAAGAUCUUCCUGGAAAAGAAGGAAUGUUUGAUCCAUGGGGAUCUUCAUACAGGUUCCAUAAUGGUUUGCAACGAUUCAGCGAAGUUAAUGGACAUAGAGUUUGCUUUUAUGGGUCCGGCAGCGUUCGAUGUAGGAAUUCUAAUAGCCAACUAUAUCAUGUCUUACUACCAACACAUGUCUGAAGGAAACAGACAGUUUGCCUACCGUACUAUUGACUUUUGCAAACUCACAGGGAAGUUGUACUGUGAGAACAUGACCAGUUGUUCAGGUGACACGGAUAGCUACAACAAGAAUUUCAUGUCUGAAGUGGCGGGCUUUGCAGGUUGUGAAAUAAUUCGCAGAAUACUCGGAGCAGCUCAUGUGGAAGACCUCGAGGGUCGACCCUCAGCUGAAGUUGACGCCCUCGGGGCUGGGGUCCGGCUGAUCACCGCUCAAGAGAGGAUAGAUACCAUGGACAAAAUGAUGAUUAUUGCUCAUAUGUUGACUUAACAUGCUAUGCGUAUUAGCGUGCCUUUGUUGUAUCAUUGUCACUACCCUGGCUCUCGCUAUGAGGACUUGAAAUUACUCGGAUUUGACCUGAAUUGACAUGGCGGGUGUCGUCAGUGAAGCAAAAUAUUCUUUCCCUAUCCUACCAUCUAGCAUUAUUUUCUUUGAACUUUUUCCAGUGAUAAGCGUUUCUUUGUUCAUAUUUUGCCCUAGUUUUAUCGAUUUUGAGUUCAAAUUACGGGUUUUGCACAUAUCGGUUUUCGUUUUUUCUUCAUUGCGUUCAGUUACUUUGAAUUGUGUAAACAACCUUUUUGAAUUGUGCAAACAAUUACUUUUGAAUUGUGUAAACAGUUACAUAAGUUUGCGUAAAUAUAAAAUUUACAAUAUGUUAAUCGUUGCUUUGAUGUUGGGUUAGCAGUUAUCCUGAUGAUAAGUUUACUAACUUUUACAUGCACGAAGAUACUUUGACAUUUUAAACAGUAACUAUAAUGUAUAAACAGUUGUAUUGACGUAAUGUCCACCUCUUUUACUUAAGCAUUGCAUUGAUCUAUUUUUAAUUGUAUAAACAGUUUCAUGUAAUUUUACAAUUCAAGCUGCUUAUACAUUGUGCUCCGUCUUAAAAUGAAGAUUCUUCAAGGUUGAAUUUUACAGGAAUUUUGCAAUAAAUCUAGUCGAUGUAUUUUAUUUUUAAACACAAUUUUAGCAUUCGAUUCAAGUAUCAACACAUCUAAACAAUUUGUUUUGUGUUUCUACAGAAUAAAGAUUAUGAAAUG